AUGGCAACCGUCGCAAUUCCUGCUCGCAUAGCGUCGUCUCUACACACUCAAUCUCUUGGGAUUCCAGAUGAUAUUCCAUCCUCUGACGAUCUCAAUGCAAGUGGCAGGCUGUUGUUGCAUCGCUCCGAACCCAUAGACGUUGGCUUUGGCGCUGACAAAGAGCCGACGAAGAGCAGGAACAGUACCAAGAGCAAGAGUGGCACCAAGGACGAUGCUCGGAGGCGUCGCAAAUCACGACAAGCGAGCGAAAAGGUCAACGAUGACAAGCAAGACCAUGCUACCGGUACGGGCGCGGAUGACAAGCGCCGGAAGGACAGCAAGGAAGACAAACAACAACAUCAAGACAAGGAUGAGAGGAAACUUCACAAGAGGAAGACCCAUCAGAAGAACAGGAGAACGUCAAAGGAGUCCGAACAAGAUGUCACACAACAGCACACUGAAAAGUUGGACAAGAUCAAACAAACUGUGUCCAACCUCGUGUCAGCCGAUUCCCGAGAACCACACGCAACGGCCAAGUACUCUCUUUUGGCUGGCCUUGUGGACAAUCUGCAAAAGUCCUCCUCGGACCGAGACGUGAACGGCAACAGAAAGAAAGAUAACCACGAGUUUGCACAAUCAAAGCAGAGGAAUUCCCAAAGUCAUUCAGACUUGCGACAUGUGGCAUCUCGCUUGUCGAGGACAGGAAGCUACACUGUACUGCCGAUCGAGGCGAUUCGAGAUCAGGUUGUUCAACAAAAGCAGCCCACACAACGGCGCAAGAGCCAAGAACAUCGGCGGACCAGUAGUGACAACAAAGUGCUGGCAACGGCUGUUAGUGCCACCACCGAAACUGACAGCAAGGCUUCUGGUAGCACCGGUCGAAGUAGAGGGAGGGACAGCCAAAAGAAGAAACUUUCCAUCAGCGAACCGUCUAGCAGUAAUAAUGCUGCUCGACGACGACGACAAUCCAAGUCGCGUGCAUCGGGUACUACCAGACGAAGCAACAGUGUCGGGGCAAGUCGUCACAAGCGAAAAUCAGACUCGAGAUUGCACACUUCGCUAGCCCACCUGUCUCCAAAUAGCAACGGAUCCAAGCGCGCUGUGAUACCCCCCAACACCCCCCGAAGCAACAGCUUGCUUCAGAAGCAAGCAUCGCUUGCUCGAAGUCAUAAGACGCGAACCUCGGGAAGCUACAACUCGCUACGCAGCCCCGCCCAGACACCGCGGACACAGCAACUGCAACAUAAAUCGUCGAAGCUACGAGAUGCACGGGCAGAUAGCAUGCCGGUCAUCAAUCACAUUGCUUCACCUCGUCAUCAGCCUACCAACGUCGCAGACAUUCGCGCGCCGUUGACAUCAUACCAUCAAAGGCAAAAGCUCAUUGUCAGCAAGAUCAAAGGACCCCCAAAGAUCUUUGACGACUCCUUCACAACCUUGAUUGCCAUUGAUCGCGGAGAUAUGGAGUCUGUCAAUGCCCCGGUGGUGGAUCGUUCUGUCAACAUGAAGCCAACGGUUGCACAGACUGCGAAAGGGACACCGGUGUUUCCCGUCAACAGAGUACGAAACAAUCGCGGACGGAGACAUAGUAUGAGAUAG